UCAUACGAUGUUUAUUUCUUUCGCAUUGACCAGCAUGUCCUCCACAAACUCUGGCCUCCCUGUACAGGCUUUGCAAGCGUAGAGUACAUAGAAAACUACUCAGUGAUAUACCGGCAUUUUUUAUUUUUUCCCAUUUAGAUGUGACCUAUGCGACUUGUGUCGUGCAAUAGAGUGGAUUUUCCUCAUGUCUUCCUCAGCAGUUCUGCAGUACAGGUUGUGUUUUUAUCAACACAUAAUAAGGACAUGCUCUACCCCCAAAGAACGUCAACCAACGCAUCUGAGUUAUGCACGAAGAAAAGCACACGGUUGGUGUGUCACUCAACAAGACCGAAAAGCCAUCUCGUCAAAUGCUAUCCAAAGCUGGAGAAGCUUUCUCAGUUGUCAGUCUCGAGGAAUAUUUGGGAAAAGUGGUGGGAGCUCUAAACAACAAACUCUUGAGAACAUUGCAAAGGGCAUCAAGGAACAGGAAUACAAGCGGAUUGUGGUGAUGGCAGGAGCAGGGAUCAGUACACCUAGCGGCAUUCCAGAUUUCAGAUCUCCUGGCAGUGGUCUUUAUGACAACCUUCAGCAGUACAACCUACCUUAUGCAGAGGCCAUUUUCGAAAUCAAUUACUUCCACCACAACCCCAAGCCCUUCUUUGCUCUGGCCAAAGAGUUGUAUCCAGGAAACUACAAGCCCAACCUAACCCAUUAUUUUAUUCGUCUUCUUCAUGACAAGGGACAGUUAUUAAGAAUGUACACCCAAAACAUUGAUGGCUUAGAGCGAAUUGCCGGCAUUCCCCCCAAGAUGUUGGUUGAGGCACAUGGAACGUUUGCCACUGCCACCUGCACUGUAUGCAGAAGGGACUAUAAAGGAGAAGAACUGCAUGCCGAUGUGAUGAAGGGAAACAUCCCAAAGUGCCCCACCUGUAAGGGAGUGAUCAAGCCUGAUAUUGUGUUCUUUGGGGAAGAGCUCCCCAAUAACUUCUUCAUGUACCUCACAGACUUCCCUAUGGCUGACCUGCUUAUCAUUAUGGGUACUUCCCUAGAGGUAGAGCCGUUUGCCAGCCUGGCAAGUGCGGUGCGGGGCUCAGUGCCGCGUCUGCUGAUCAAUCGAGACCUGGUGGGUCCCUUUGCGUGGGGAUCCCCACGGCGCAACGAUGUGGGUGAACUUGGAGAUGUGGUUAGUGGGGUGUCAAAGCUGGCUGACGCACUGGGCUGGACAGAAGAGCUGAAAGCACUUGGUGCUGCUGAGACAAACAAGAAGAAUGAAGAAUGAGAUACCCAGUGUCUGUCUAACCUCUGGAUCAUGAAGGAUCUGCCAACCAAUGGGUACCAGCCUAAACUCAGGAUCCAAUCACUUGAUCUGUUUCACUGUAUAUAUUGUUCAUGGGACGAUGUGAAGGUUCACCUUGCUAGUAAAUCUAAAUAUUUUUAACGGGGCUCGUCACGGUUCUGUUCCUUGCAAGUGUUUUGUAAUGUUGGUUUGUAACCUGAGAAGCUUUGGGAAGUAUUAUGGACACUGCAAUGGGUUGCAGCUCUGAAAACCCUUCUACCACCGACAGUAAAUGAAGGAAGACACUUUCCUUCUGGCUAGGGGGUGCUUUAAAAUUAGAGAUAAUUUUAUUCCAAUUUUUGUAGUGAUCUGUUUCUUUAAUAUAUGUUGUAUAUACAUUAAUUAAAGGUGCAGAGGUGUUAUUUUUUUAAUCCUCUUACGAAAGGUGUUCAAAAUACUCUUCAUGAAGCCACAUUCUCCCCUUUACUCUUUUAUCUUUGGCCUGACACUCUUAAUUUCUUCUGCACAAAUAUGGUGGCGCAGCCUGUGUGCAGUGGGUUUAUUUGGAUAAUGCCUCUUGCCUUGUAGUCAUGCCCUGCAACAUUUUUAGUGUGAGGAAUUAUGCACUGUCUUGGCAUGCUGGAGUCUGUAGUGUUUUCCAAGCUAGUCAAAUAAAUAAUAAUUCUAUUUUGGUCUUAUGUAGGUUUAACGUAUGAGACAUGGAGAUAACUUUGAGCACUCUUUUAUGAGAAAUUGUUUUACUUCCGUCAUAAAACCUCAGCAACGCAGUGAAAGCUGACCCUUUUAGCCAAAGGGCCUCAUAAUUAUCAUCUCCACUAGAAGGAGCUAUGGAGCUGGAGAAUAUUACCAUUUGGAGUCAAUGCGCUCUACUGCGCACAUAAUUUAUGCCAAGCAAGGAAUUGGUCAAACUGAAACUGAUAAUUACCAAAAAUUAUAUCAUGAUUAAAAAAAACCCUAAAUGUAACAAACUGGAUUAGAUCUACACCUUGUCUUGCAAAGUACCUGAAGCUUUUAAACAGAAUUUGACUCCAGAGAGUAGUUAUACAUUAUCCAAAUACAGAAGGUGUGCCAUUGAUUUUCAGGCAGGGUGAGGUGGCCUGCUGUUUAAGUCACAUUUCAGUAAUAAGACCGAUCCUAAAGACAUGCACUGACCUAGAUUUCCCAACUGGUUUCAAUGACACCUGAGUAAAAAGAAUACUUGAUUUGCAACCUGACAGCUUGAUCAAAUACACAUCUGGGAGCCCUCUGAUACUCUCUAACUUCAAAAAAGAAAUGUGUCUGCAGGACAUCUAUGGUUCCUACCUAAUGAGGCACAAUUGAUCAUACCAGAAGCUGAUGGACAGGUACAGCAAGAGUUUCUGCAUUGCUUUGGAUUAACUUCAGACCGUUCCUUGAAUGUUAUUAAUUGAUGUCUGUUUCACUCUUCAACAUAUAACUGGAAAAUAUUGAAUGCUUGGCUUCAGAUUUGGAUCAAAACAACCCGUGUACAGCUAGAAGUGAACUUUUCAUAUUAGGUUACAUCUGUAGGCCUGGGCAAUCGUGUUGUACCACUUCCUUUAAUAAGUCUAAAGUCUUAGAGUCUUAGUUGAGCCAAGCAUGCUGGUUAACUGCUGGCAAUUUUACAGAAGUACCCUGAAAAAACCUCUCCAAAACACUAAUUUUUGAAGAACCGUAACAGUCUUUUGCAGAACACAGUGGAUUCACAGUGACAGUUCACACAUUAAUUAUAUAUAAUGGUGACGUACAUAUGCAACCAUUGCAUAAUUUCUGUAGCUUAACAUAUUUCUAAUUAAUUAUAUGUGCAUAAAGAGAGACAAAAUUGACACGUCUUUUGUCUUUUCACCCCAACAUAUGACUAGUCUUGUUACUAAAUGGACUUGUGGGGAAUGGUUCCGAGACAGCAUAGAGUAUCCAGCCCACAGUACAUUAAGUAGGAUGCAGAAGCAUUGGACUUGCCUUGCUUCACCUUCACAUGGAUUUUUAAGUACUUUCAUCUAUUAUUCAGGAAUGGGGAGAAAAAAAACUUUUUUUGGCAGACUCUCUGAAGCAGUCAUAAGGAAGUGCACUCACAAAACAUUAGGUUAGACCCAGUCGGUUUAAUUAUGCCUAACAUUUUUGUCACACAGUAGUUAGGUAAAUGAAUGCCCGAUAUGCUUUCAAUUGGUAAGAAUUUUCUUUUAUUUCAGCGGGCAAAUUCAAGCUUAUAUUUUAGUCCAUCUCAGAACCUUUGAUGAAUAUCCCUCUUGUUUUCUGCUAAUCAAAAAUGUUUUUCCUUUGGCCCCGCGUCUUCAUUGUCAAUGCACCAAAAGAUGUCAGUUGUUUCCGUCUCUCAUACCUUCAGAGUUAUGAGUAUGAGUCAUAGUUUGGUUUAUUCAAUCAUUAUCCCGGAUUUAUGUCACAGAGGACAGGAAUUUCCUAAAAUGGAAAGUUCCUACACAAACAGAACAAGUGUUGGAUUUAUGGUCACAUUUAUUAAACCAUUCCAUGGCACUGAAUAAAUAAAUCAUUUGUUGAGUUCA